UAGAGAUGUGUGUAAAAGCUUCUCCCUUUCACUUUGGAUACUACUUGUACUGCGAUUGCCAUAGGACCGAAAAAAGUGUGAAUUCUCUGGACUAUAUAAGUGAAACCGGGGACUCGGGACAAAUAUGACGACAGCGGCAAUCGUCGCUAUACUGUGGUGCCUCGUCACCGUGACCACGUCCUCUGGAACUUUAGAUGAGUCUGUACAAAACAUAGAUGGCGACACGGAAGAUGGCUAUACAAAUGUUUGGGCCGUGGAAAUUGCAGGCGGCGAGGAUGUAGCAAGGCGACUGGCACUAAAGCAUGGGUUUGAGCACAUAGCAAAGAUAUAUGAUGAUUACUACAUGUUUGAACACAAGGACGUCCCGGACUUUGAUCGGUAUUCCAGUGAAGAGAAGCAUGGAACUCUUAGCUCCGAUCCGGAGGUAAAAUGGUUGAAACAGCAGAAAGUGGUGAAGCGUUCCUUGUUUGGGCAGACUCCUGGAGGAACUUUGGGUGUACAUGACGAUAGAUGGCGCGAUCAGGAGUGGUACCUUAACAACACGGUGCUCGGUAUGAAUAUCGUGGAGGCAUGGGAACGUUGCCGCACAGGUCAAGGGGUCAACGUCGCCGUGGUGGAUGACGGGAUUGAUUAUACUAAUUACGAUCUCGCGAGAAAUUUCGAUUUGUUUAACAGUUACGACAUGCAGGUGGAUAGGAAAACCCCCAUGCCGGGCAUUGCAAGCGACAGCCAUGGUACCUCCGCCGCUGGAAUAAUAGGGGCUGAAGCCAACGACUUCUGUGGAGUAGGGAUUGCCUUUGACGCAAACAUAGCAGGUAUCCGUAUCUUUGGCAAUAAACGCAUCACAGACGCUCUGGAAGCACGUGCGUUGACCUACAACAUGGAGACCGUGGACGUGUACUCUUGUAGCUGGGGAAUGGCGCGGACAGGGUUCGAUCUGAAAGCCAUUGGUGAGCUGUCCAAGGGUGCCAUGAAAAAGGGAGCAACAGAGGGCCGCGGUGGAAAGGGGUCCAUUUACGUAUUUGCAUCCGGUAAUGGCGGCACCAAUGACGACAGCUGCGCGUAUGACGGGUUUGCAAACAGUAUCUACACCAUUCCAGUCGGCGGACUCACCCACAGAGGGCGCAAGUUGCCAACAGGUGAGAAGUGCAGCGCCAUGAUGGCGACGGCAUACAGCAAAAGCAGCAUGGAGCCGAACAGAUGGUAUGAUAAGAUAUUCACCACUGGGUACGGACAGUGGACGUGUGCAGACGACUUCGGAGAAUCGUCUGCUGCAGCUCCAAUGGUCGCUGCAGUAAUAGCCUUGGCCUUGGAGGCAAACCCAUCUUUAACAUCACGUGACGUCAUGCACCUGAUUACAAGAAGCGCCAGAUCCGACUUUGCAAGAUACGACCCUGACUCCGGGUGGUUUGUAAAUGGUGCUGGUUUCCAUGUCAGUUCCACCUUUGGCUUUGGGUUGCUGGACGCUGCAAAGAUGGUGGAUUUUGCUGAGCGGUGGCAAAAUGUCCCCGAGCAGACAAAGUGCAGCAAACAGAUGACGGGUAUCAACGGAAAACUGCCAGGCACAACUACUGUCGACUUCAGGAGCUGUGAUAUUAAGUUCGUAGAGCAUGUGGAAGUGUUCGUCUUCGUGUACUUUGCCGGACGCGGGUACGUGAAGAUGGAACUGGAGUCUCCGGUUGGAACGCGGUCACUCAUGAUUCCCGGACGCAAAAAUGACCUCUGGUCUAGGUACCUUGAGUUGAACGUGUCCAGUGUUCAGUUCUGGGGCGAGCAGGGCACAGGAGAUUGGAAAGUCCAUAUUGGCAGCAUCUAUCCUGACCAAAACCACACAG